ACCAGGGGCGGACUGCCCAUUUGGAAACUCGGGCACUGCCCGAGGGCCCGGGGUCAGUAGGGGGCCCCAUGAGAUGCCCCUGGUACAUUUUUCAUAGGCUUUUUUGAGCUUGGGCAAGGACACAGGGGCCCCAUGAUCCCCUAUUGCCCCGGGGGCCCCAUGAGUUGUCAGUCCGCCCCUGGUGCCCAAGUUUCCAAAUGGUCAGUCCGCCCCUGCUCCUUACACUUUAGAAGUUCACACUGUAUGGUCACUUGG